AUGCAGAGUGGCAGGAAGUGGCUUUUGGCAGCGCAGUUCCGGUGGGGCGUUGAAAUCGCCUGGCCGCGGAACCAAGAGAUCGUUGCGGAUCGGAUCACCGGGACGCCCGUGCCCGGCCCCCAGCGGCUGGUGCCCGCCCGCCCGCCCGCCAGCGUGGCUCCCGUCUCGGCCGCGCCCACGCUCGAGCUGGCGGGACUCCGGACGCCCCCGCGGCCUCGGGACGCGCGCAGGCCGGCCCCGGCCGCCCCUCGGGAGGCUCGACCCCCGAGUCCCGCCGAGGACGGCGCCCGGCGCCGCCACAUUGCUCAGGCAACCCUGGAGCCAUCUGUGUGUCAGGUGCCAGUGACCUUCGCAGAUGUGGCCGUGUACUUUUCCAGAGAAGAAUGGGAGUGUCUCAGCCCUGGCCAGCGGGCCCUGUACCGUGAUGUGAUGCUAGACAACUUCAAGAGCUUGGUCACACUGGGAUAUUACAGCCCCAGGCCGGACCUUGUUUCUCACCUGGAACAGUGGCAUGAGCCAUGGGUUGAAGACUGGGACAGACCCGAGUUUCUGGGAGCACAGGAAAACGCCUGCCCAGGAGCCAGGAAGCCCAGUGACCGUAAGAGACACUGUGAUCGGCGGAGAGUCCAUCCACACACAGGAGCUAAGAGAGGGGCUGCCUUCAGGAAGAGCUUGCUACUGACCUCCAGUAGUGUGCACCUUCCUAGAGCAGCUGCUGGGAGGAAAGCAAAUACGCUUGCAACUUUCCAGGACCAAGUGUGUGGAAAGUCCCACAAGAAGCAGCCAGGCCCCAGGGAACAGUGCAAGAGCCACACCGAGGGGCAUCCAUUUAUCUGUGGCAUAUGUGGGAAGGCACUGAGCUGUCACAGCCGACUGGCUGCUCACCAGACGGUACACACGGGGACCAGGUCCUUCGAGUGCUUUGAAUGUGGCCAAACCUUCCGCUGGGUUUCAAACCUCCUGCGUCACCAGAGAAAUCACACCAGUGAGAAGCCCUUCUGCUGUGAGCUGUGUGGACAGGCCUUCAGCUUGAAGGAUCGCCUGGUGCAGCAUCGCAAAAUCCACACAGAGCACCGGCCCUAUGCCUGUGGUGACUGCGGGAAGGCUUUCAAACAGAAGUCAAACCUGCUACGGCACCAGCUAGUGCACACUGGGGAGAGGCCUUUCUACUGCGCUGAGUGCGGGAAGGCUUUCCGGACCAAGGAGAGUCUGAGCCAUCACCAGCGCAUUCACAGUGGAGAGAAGCCAUACACCUGUGCUGAGUGUGGGAAGUCCUUUAGGUGGCCCAAGGGCUUCAGCAUCCAUCAGAGACUGCACCUGACAAGGAGGCUGUACGAGUGUGAGCUCUGUGGAAAGGGCUUCCGCCACCUGGGCUUCUUUACGCGGCAUCAGAGGACGCAUGGACGUGGGGAGGUGUAGAAAUGCCUGGACCGGGAAGUCCUGGUCCCUGAAGGCCGCCUGGAGCUCCUAAGUCCACCAGAAAGUUCUGGGAAAUUGCCCCUGGGGGAAAGGCAGGGGCCAGAGUAUACUGACAGAGCAAGCUGCUGCUGCUCCCCUGGUGCCCUGUGCCCCUGGGUGUGUGAAGCCAGGAGCAUACUCUGGCCGGGCUGCAGGGUCACUUGUUCACUUAACUUCCUGGCUGUCAUUCUGCCUUUUUUUUUUUUUUUUUUUGACUCUGCUUUUUGUCUGUCUUCUGUCCUGUGUGUGGUAGCAUUGAGGUUUGCACAGGUGGGAUGCAGAAAUGAGCACGUUUGUGAUAUAACUAGCCCAUUAAAGGGCUAGAGAAAGACCUGAAUUCACAACUGGGGGUGCCAAGUACCUGGUGCAUGUGGGAGAGCAGCCUCUCUGAUGACCACAUAGGUCUAAGUGGAUAGUUAAUGAGUUUGUUAGAACCAGGCCCUCGUGACCCUGUUCCUCUGGCAUUUUCUUAAACUAAAAAUACUGGCUCUUUGUAAAAUA